CACAGAUCUAGCUUUUUGCUUUUGAUUGACAACUGACAACGUCCCAGCCAACCCACAAAAACUCCAUCACCAUCUCACGCCGACCAACUCGCAGAUCUGGAAUCGUCACUCUCCUUACGAAACAUUAAUUUUCUGCUACGGCACCGACUCCAACAUCGCAUCGCAGCCCCCUCACUCACCCAGUACUCUCCUUCGUCCCACGCUACCUGUUUCAUUUCAUCAACUGCUGCCACCACCACCAGCUAUUCUUUCUACCCACUAAUUACGACUCACACUUGGCACUACACGCGACAACGACUCUCCGCAAACAGAGAGCAACCCGCAUCUAACAGUGUAACGAAAUAUCUCAGGCAUGCUUAGGGAGAGAAAGAAUCAAUAAUUAGUUGAGCGCGUAGGACGUUGCGAUGGCUUCCCGGGAUGCCCGACCACGUUCCACCGACUUUGACAACGCCUUUGCAGAUUCCCAGUAUACAAGGUCUGAUGCAGGCGAUGGCGCGAGUAUCCUUUCAUCGCGAAUGACUGAUAUAGCCUCGGAGGAUGGAAGAGAUGAUGUCCCUACACCGACUGGUAGACCUAGCCAGACUCAUGCUCCAGGGCAACGACAAAGCGUAGCGAUGGGAGAUGGGGUGUCGAGGCCAAACACGGCCAUGACGGGUGUCUCUUCAACAACACGAGGGGGAUGGUCAAACUCGAAUCCAUCGAGAGCUCGUUUUCCCAAGUCAGGAAGCAUUUCUUCAUCAGUGGGAGCUCCACCAAGGAGUUCAGGUGGCGGUCGGACGCAUGUGCCAUCUCUAAUGUCGCAUGCUUUUUUUCAUCCUAUGAAUGCCCAACGAUUACAAGCACAACGAGGUUCAAGAACAGUCAUAGCUCAGCAAAGUGAAGAUGGAUAUGCUGAAGCAGGGGGCGAUCCAGCAAGACACAGCAUCACUUCAAACCAUACUGCAAUUCAAAUAACCAACCCACAAGGAGAAAAUGGACCAGUACCACCAUCAAGAGGCACCGAAAUAACGGAUCAGGGCACGGCCGAUAGGCUGAUUGCUAAUACAAGUCCUACUCAAGGCCAUCGUGCGAAUGGAAGUCUGUCAGAGAGCGUUCGACCUCUUCAACGUCCUACUGGCAACAACCAUCAAGGUCUCAGUUUGAACGUCGACAAAGGGUAUAAAUUGGGCGACAAUCUCCCUGCGCCGUCGAAAUCUCCUCGGUCAUUUCGAUCAAGCUUCUUGUUACCAUCCAGAGAUAAUCCCCCCGGAAGCCCAGAUCGAAGUACGAGGGGGAGAGAGAAACUGGCUUCGGUUGCCUCGUCUCCAGGCUUGACAGCAGAUAUUCAAAAGCCGGAAGCAGAACCAGCAAGACUUGGACUCAAUUAUCAGUACUUUACUGGUAAUACGAUAUUCUGCUGGGGUGGUCGAUUACAAAAUACUCGAAGCAAGCCGAUCAAUGUUUUCACUGGACUGUUAGUUGUAACGCCAGUUCUCCUUUUCUUCGUGUUUUCUGCUUCGUUCUUGUGGCACAAUGUAUCUCCUGCGCUUCCUAUUAUAGUAGCGUAUGUAUCUUACAUUACCAUGUCAUCUUUCAUUCAUGCUUCUGUUUCUGAUCCUGGCGUAAGACUUCCAUUUUACUUCUAUUAAAUUUAUAUUGACAAAGUUAGAUUUUCCCUCGGAACCUCCACCCGAUGCCACCCCAGAAUGAAAAUGAGGAUCCAUUGACUAUAGGUCCUACUAUGAAUGAUUGGGCUAUGAUAAAGUCAGCUCAAUCAAAGUCGGCCGCGAUGGAAGUACCCACAAAAUACUGUAAGACUUGCAAUCUUUGGCGGCCACCUCGAGCACAUCAUUGUCGAAUCUGCGACAAUUGCAUCGAGACCCAGGAUCAUCAUUGUGUUUGGAUCAACAAUUGUGUCGGCCGGCGCAAUUACCGUUACUUUUUUACCUUCAUCACAGCCUCUACACUUCUGGGUCUCUUGAUAUCGGGAGCAUGUCUAGCUCAUCUAUUCGUUUAUAAGAACAUGAACAACGUUUCCUUCAACACGUCACUCAAACACUACUCUCGUGGUGGUGCUCUCUUCCUUGUUAUUUAUGGAUUUCUCGCCUUCCUAUACCCAGCAGCGUUGACGUGCUAUCACUUUUUCCUGAUGGGUCGUGGGGAAACCACAAGAGAAUACCUCAACUCUCACAAAUUCCUUAAGAAAGAUCGCCAUCGUCCUUUCAACCAGGAAAGUAUUAUCAAGAACUGGCUUGUGGUCCUUUGUCGGCCGCGACCUCCCACCUACAUGGAUUUCAAGCAAAGAUACGAAGAAGGAGAUCAACGAUUUGGUGAACGGAGGGUCAAACGUACUACUCCUCCGCGACAGGAAUUUCAAGGUGGUACCGGAGCGGAGAUGGAAAUGCAGAAUGUGGGAUCUGGGAAUCAUAAUCUCGGGUUUCAAGGUCCUGCGUCGUUGAGAGCGGAGAGAUCUUGAUAAUCAUUUUUGGGUUUGGUUUGGUUCGGUUUGUCUGUUUGCGGGGUGUUACAUAAUUUUUGAAUGAAAAGGUUUAGAGUCCUGGUUUUCCUGUCUCCUCCUUUUGUUCCCCUCCUUAGCGAUUCUCAUUUUCUUUCUCUCCUUUUCCUACUCUGAGCUCCUACUUCGAGGUAGUCUCUUUCAUGUCGAGUGGUGGUGGAUUGCGUGGGAACCGUGGACCUGGAUAGAU